AUGGCAGCCUUUCCCUGCCCGCGUAGCAUCUUCAGCAUCCUCGAACGCGUCGAAGAAGGUCCCGCGUUGCGGUGGUUGCAGGACGCUUCUCGAACCGCAAAUCUCAUCGAUACUGUAUUCUCCGUUGAGAGAGAGGCGACGUACAAUCAUGUUCUCCGUAGCUUCGAGAUCCUCAACGGGGUGCACGUUUUCACCCUUGAACCGGCAAGCGCACCAGCAGGUCGAGAGCCGUUCUGCGAUGCCCAGGUAGAGGAAGCGGUCAAGCUACAAGCUCUAUACUUCAGCCAGUGUACUCGUGCUGUAAAGCUUAGCACUCCUGUUUUAGCAUACUUGCGCAGAGAAGUCCACACAUACUGCCGCAAUCUAAACGUGCUCAAUGGCGAACCCUUGCACUCUGUGCUCUUCAUAUCGCCCUCCUUUACCCCGUCGAGCGCAUCCUUGAUAGACCCUUUCAGAGACGCCGGCAUGAUCAUCGACCCCUCAGCACACCAAAUGGGCUUCCAGGAAACCAUAUCGUGCGCAGCUGAGUACAUUCGUGACAAGUUCAACAUAUGGGAAGGACACUCCGUUGUACCCCUUGGGUCCCAUCUCCGCGAGUUCCAAGUCGACUUCCUCAGGUAUCACCGAUCGCUCGACGAGUACAACUGCGAGUUCCGUCUCGAGGUCUCCAUCCGCGUGAUCUGCAAUAUCCUCUUCCGCCAGCUAGAAGACAAGGGCGGGGCAAGAGCAAUUAUGGAUCUGGAGCAACGAGAGUGGGGACAAUUCUUGGAAGGGCUGAGGCUACGGCUGGAGGAAGGAUUGCGUAGGCUUCGAGCUCAGCUUGACGGGAUAGACUUUUCAACGUUGAGCGAAGAGGAUAGGCACGAUCAGGAAGAAGAGCUGAUGAGUUUGCAUAACAAGGAGGGUUAUAUCCGGAUGAUGGCGCUGGUUCGCGACACCUUGUCCUGA